GUUGUUCCACAACUGUUUGUCGCAGCGCAAGCCUCAGCGAGUCACUCGUAUUCUCUGAUAAGUAUGUGCAUUACUGAUUAUAACCAAAUAUCAGUUAUUGUUGAGUAUGUAAAGUGUUUUAAACUAAGACAUCUUCAACAGUCAGUGCACAGGUUGUUAGUUAGAAGACUGUACUUUACGGAUGACGUUGUAUUGUGAAAAAUUUUAAACAGACUUUGGAAGUUUUGUUCAAUAAAAUUCGUAGUUUUUUUUAAAGUUAUUUGCGAAAAUGUCGACGGGAAAACGUCUAGCGAAACGUUCUAUUAUCGGUACUCGUGUUUGUGCCCCAGGAGAAGACGGAAAAUACUACUCAGGAGUGAUACAAGCCGUCAAAACCCCGGCGAAUUUUUCGGAAAACAGCAACUGUAUUAAUUUAACCCCUAAUACCCGUUACACCGUUCGUUUCGAUCCGCGUCAAGGAAAUUUGGGCAGAACGAGCUGCGAAUUCCACGAGAGCCAGCUCAUCGGACCCGGUUUUCAGUCGGUGCUUGGAUUAGAGCUAGUGCAGGGACAAAAAUGUUUCGUUACUUAUAACGGCCGCGAAAACUCUGGAGAAGUGUGCAAACACCAUACCGAAACCGACGAAGUUAUCAUCAGAAUACACCCCAUAGGCAUCGAGGCACCCUUUGAAGUACAAAAACGUCUAGAAGAGGUCCGCCUUUUGGAAUCACGAAAGUCUGCACGGUUAGCAGAUCAGGAUACCGAUUUCGCCCGAUUAGCCGAUAUGGCCGGUGACAGAAAAAGAACCGCGUCACACACCAUAGAUGUGCCAGCUCCGUCUUAUCACCACGGAUCCCGUAAAAGAAGACCAAGCGGGAGCCAAGAUGAUUGUCCCAAAGACAGUCAAAUGGAUGAAUGCAGCGCUGCUCUAGUAUUGAUGAGCCUCUCAUGCUCGCCCCACUCGCCUAAUCUUACUGCAUUCUCUUACCCUAGUACAUCACCAGGUAGCAGUAGCAGCAGUUCAGCCUCGUACAGAUCCACCCCUUCACCACCACCUAUCACGUAUUCACCGCAUAAUACGCCACUGUCGUCUAGUUCGAUUUCUGACGAAGGAAUCGUCAUGGACUAUUAUCCUGAUGAGUUACCAAGAAAGAAAAAGAAUUUGACACGCAUUGUGUUCCAAUGCACUUGGCCAAGCUGCUUAAAAAUGACCAAUACCUGUGAUGCAAUCGAAGCGCAUAUUCGCAAUGAGCAUUUGAAGGAUCAAGUGUGCGAAGAUUCGGAAGAAGAGUUUUACUAUACAGAAGUAGAAUUAGGGUUGACUAGCCCCCCUCCCACUCUCUCCCACCGCGACAUGGCCAGACCUUUCCAUGAAGACCCCGAUUACCAAAGAUUUUUGGUUGGCAAUAUGCGCCAGUGUUUGCUAAGCCAGCAGCAGCAGCAGCAGCAACAGCAUCAAAUACAGCCACAGCCGCAACCACCACAGCCGGUCCCACAAUCGCCACACAAGCUCCUUAAGUUGUCGCCUCGUCCUCACAGUCCCAAGAUGCCAGUAUCCCCCAGGAGGAUCCGAGGCGAAAAUAAGAAAUGCCGAAAGGUAUAUGGAAUGGAACACAGAGAACAGUGGUGCACACAGUGCAAGUGGAAAAAGGCUUGUUCUAGGUUCGGCGACUGAUACGCGCCCUCCAAACGUUAGAGACGCUUAUCAAAAGUGCCCCGAAAUGUGUUCUUUAAAGGACAAAAAGGGUGCGGACUACCCUGAUCUCAACACUUGAUGGAAGUACAACUAAUACGAUAUUUCUCUAGUGAUUGUCAAAGAUCAAUCAAAUCAAGCUGUAUCUGUGUUCUUUCAAAAAAAAAAAACUUUACUCAAUAUACUGCUGCACUUCUUCGGAGGCUCUACUACAGAUCCAACUUUACUAAGGAAUAUAUGAAACUGAUUUAGUUUUGAUAGAUUUUUGGUAUUUAACCAAUAGUUAGUUUAUGAUGCAAUAUGCAGUAUGUUAUCUAAUUUUCGGGUUUCUCAAACUUCACAAAACUUAGUUGUAGGCAACAAGAAAAACCUUUGCUGCUGUUUUAAAGAUUAUUUACAAUACUUUGAACUACAUAAUAAAGUCCAUUAGAGUUACUACGUUAUUAUAGCUGUUAAUUAUUGUUGUUAAGAAAAAAGCAUUAUCAUGUUUGUAAUUUAAAAAAAUCAUUCAUUUUAUUUAUUAUCGCAUCGUUAUUUAUUGUAUCGUUUUUGCAUUAUUCGUUUUUUAUUGACUGUUAAUGUUAUUUUUUAUUAUUACCAUGAAUAUAAAAUUAAUGUGUGCAGUAUAUCAUACGAAACCUCAUAUAAUAGAUGUAUGUACAUAGGAUUUGUUUCUAAUUUGUCUCAGAAGCGUAUUUGUUUUGUUUUAUUUUAUUAAUUCAAAAUAAAGAAUUUUUUGCAUAUAAGGUUGUGAGCAAGCUAUAACAAGUUUGAGAAGUGAAGUAUUUUCAAAUUAUUAUUAUUUUUUUAUUUUAUAUAGGACUUUUAAAUCAGAAUAUAGCUAGCAGUUGUAUUCUUAUACUUUUAUUUCAUUAUUCUGCACUGUCAAUUCCUUGAUCUCCUCUAACAAAGUAGAUACGACACGUUCUAAUUAUUUUACCACUUUUUAAGAACUUGAUUGAUUGUUUUACUUCACUUCUCACGCUCUAUAUAUAAUUCUUUGUUUUUUGUUAAAAAUAUUUUAAUAUAUCAAAAUUUAAAUGCUAUUAGCAUGCAUUCUGUAGUUAACUUGGAUCUGUAGAAUCAUAAGACUGCAAAUUUAGAGAGUCACGUCCACAUUCUUUUUUGAGACAUCUUUACGGUUGCCAUUUUAAAGGUAACUAGACUGACAAUGGACUGAACUACUCUAUAUACCGACUAAUAUUAAUUGAGCCUCCCAGUAUUACCAAUACAUAGAGUCUAGUGAUGUAGGACUGAGUCUCAGAAAUGUUAUUUAGAUUUUGUUGUGAUUUUGUUCAGAUUGUAUUAUUUUCGUCAGAAAUGUUUUAUUUGUUUAAUGGUAUUUAAGGUUUAUCGUGGUUAUGUCAACAAUAAAAGCAAAUAUUGACUAUUCACUAUAUAUUUUUAAAUUCAUAAUCGUAGAGUUUGUGGAUUGUUAAAAGUCAUUACGUUUCUUUAACAUACUGCAUCAGAUACACGUUUAUUCUUUUUUAAUUAAUAUGUUGUUUCUUAUAGUGUAUGGAACAACUGGACUAAGCAGGAAGCAGCUUCUACGACUCCAUAAUAAUAGUAAAAUUAAUAUUAUUCGUCAAGACUAGGAAUGACUUUAAGUUUGCCCAUCGGCGCAGAGAACAGACAAAAAAACGGAAUUUUUUUACAGGUCGAGUUUACUCCUCCUACUAAAAUAAUUUCCGGUUAUUUUGCCGGGCAUCAAGUGAGCGUGCCUAUUAUAGGAUUUUCAAAGUUAUUCCUAGUUUUGACAACGUGUAUGGUAUCAUACUUCACUCUGAAAAAUCUGGUAUUUUGUGCCUACACGUUAAGCUCAAAAAGGAAAAAAAAAGUUCACAUAACUACGAAUACUAAAAGUAUUUUCUAACAGGGAGUCUCUAAUUUUACAUUCUUUGUGAUGUACAAUGAAAUUCCUUUGACAUUUGCCUUAAAAAAAAUGGUUAAGGUAAUAUUUAUCCUGUCGAUUAUUUUUGACGAAUAAUAAAAAAGCUUGAUUCUGGCAAUAUUAAAGUGUUAACAGGUUUAAUAUUUGUUGUUACGUCACAAAGAAUGUAUAUCUAACUACCUAUCUAGCAAUCAAAUAUGGUAGAACUCAUAUCAAAUCCUCAAUUCAAAAAUAUAUACUGGCAGUUCUUCAGUUUAAUAAAGAUGGUUUUUUGUGUAAAAAUAUAUGUGUUCCAAAAGAGCAAUAAAACAACAUAAAAAGUUAAACAUACAGCAACUCUCUUAAAAUGUAAUAGCGUUAAAUGGACAGUAUCGUUCUAGAUACAUAUAAUUCUUUACUUUUAGUUUAUAUCGAACAUUUUAUAAAAUAACUCGUAGACAAAAUUACCUUAGAAAUAUUAUCACAUCUUCAACGAUUCUAUUUGUUGUGAGUGUGCUCAUGGUUUCUUCUGCAGCUGUUUCUACCUGUUUCUCCCGUUGUUGUACUAAGAACUUCAAUACCAUAUUGCAAUAAUAACAUCAUUAAGUAAACAGAAGUAAAGGGUUUGAAUCUAGCUUGAGGUUUAAUAUCAUCAAAAAUAUCUUUACUCUACAUAUCUACUAUAUUUAAAUACCAUCAUCAUCAAAUUUCUUAUUUUCCUGCUUUUUUCUGAAGACCUUUCUGCUAGCAGCCUUUCUAGCUGCUUGUGUAGACGUGAAAACAAUUGAUCCUCGCGAAGGUCUUGAACUCCUUGUGAGAAUUUAAUUAUUUUCAACUGCACUGUGUAUGUGGUAGAAUGAAGGUGUCAGAUUGCAUGUAAUUAGAUUCGUUGUAAAGAGAAAGUGUUCCGUAUGGGACACCUUGAAAUAAUAAUUCAUUUCUUGAGCUUUUGUGCAGCAUUUACACAGAGAACAACGAUGACAUAAAGUCCUCUUUCAGCGCUUGUUAGGAAACCCACCUGUUUCCGCCGUUUAUGUGCUAAAAUUAUAGCAAUUUAGAGCAAAAGGGCAAAAACUUAGCGAUUGCCUCUUUAUUAAAACAGCAGAGGUAGUCUUAAGAGUUCUAAAAGAAACAUCUGAAUGUCUCUUUAGAAAAUCUCUAAACCUAGCCGUUCCAGCUGACUUUUUGUUUUUAGAAAACCUAUCUUUAAUCUUCUCCGCAAGCUCAUAGGCCAUUACACAAAUGGUUUUCUUAAUCAUAUCCAAUAGUCGGUCUUCCAUCUCUAAAAUAUACUCCUUUA